GGUCAGAGUGCAUUAUUUGCUAAUUAGAAGGUACACCCACUGAAAGUUCGCGAAAUAUUGGUCAUCAUCUUUUAGCAGAGACGCCUGCUGCUACAUCAAUCGUAUAAUCUUCUCGAUAUAUUACAAUGGCGGAAUCCACGUUGUAUAAGAAGAAAUUAGAAGGCAAAGUGGCCAUAGUCACAGGCGGUGCUAGUGGCAUCGGGGAGGCGACCGCACAUGUUUUUGCCAAGCAUGGUGCACGCAUGGUGGUGAUUGCUGAUGUCCAAAAAGAAGUAGGCCAGCAGGUGGCCAAAUCCAUUGGCUUGAACCAUUCGGCAUACAUCCAUUGUGAUGUUACUGAUGAAGAGCAGGUCAAAGCCAUGGUAGAAUGGACGGUCAAGAACUAUGGGCAGCUUGACAUCAUGUUUAGUAACGCGGGGAUUUUUAGUAGGUCGGAUCAGACCGUACUUGACCUGGACUUAUCGGCCCUUGACCAUCUAUUUGCGAUCAAUGUGCGCGGCACGGCCGCAUGUGUAAAGCAUUCAGCACGUGCUAUGGUUGAAAGGGGUGUGAGGGGGACCAUCGUGUGCACCGCAAGUAUAGCAGCAAGCCGAGGUGCAUUCCAAAAAACCGAUUACUUUAUGUCAAAGCACGCAGUGCUUGGGCUUGUUCGAUCCGCAAGCAGGCAGCUAGGGGAGCAUGGCGUUCGGGUGAACUGUGUAUCACCCGCUGUAGUUGCAACUCCAAUGUCAUACAGUGCAUUUGGAAUGGAUGCAGAGAAGUUGCAUGAGGCAUUUGAGCCGCAUUCAAGCUUAAAAGGUGUUGCACUGAAAGCGGAACAUGUGGCGGAUGCUGUACUCUUUCUUGCGUCUGAUGAUUCUGGAUUUGUCAAUGGGCAUGACCUAUUGGUUGAUGGGGGCUGGCUUGACACUAAUACUACCGUCUGGAGAUGAAAACAAAUGCUUUAAAAAUACUUGUACGAGAAAAAUAAUGCUAAUUAAAAGGGUGUGUAUCUAAUAUAUAUCAAACUUGGUUUUCUGCAAUAAAAGCUUCUUGUGUUUGUUGAGCAAAUAAAGUUACCAUGUGAUAAGUUGCAAACGAGAAUAUCAUGUAUCGAUCGUCCAAUAAAAUAUAAUGUCUCAUGGUUUGAUUUCAGACUUGCAAA